AAGAGGGUGAGAGCAGGGAGGCAAUAGAGAGAGGAGGAGGAGAAGAGAUGAGAGGUGCUGCUGCAGAACACACCUCAUCUCGUCUUUCGCUGGAGGGAUAGAGGGAGAAAGAAAUUCAGUCUGUGCCAAUUUUCUCUUCUGCUCCAGAGACGGAGAGGCAGAGUCGGGGAAGUGAUAUUUUAGGAAGCUGUAGAGAUAAAUAAAGAAGAAACUGAGACCGAGAAGAGAGAGAGGGRAAAAAAGGCAUGUGAAGAAUCUGAAAAAAGAAAAAAAAAGACGGAACAAAUGGAGAAAGAAGAGACGACUCAGAGAGAUGUAGUCGAUGCUUCUGCUGCGUGAUCCAAUAAUGAGACGCCCACCAGUGGUCAUCACAUGAGCCUGAUGCAGUGACAGCAAAGACGAUCAUCAAGCACUUCCUGUCCUGCCGCUGCACUCAUACUUACUCAGAAAACAACAAGACUUGGGGUUUCAAAAAAUAAUUCAGUUUUUUUUUAUGCAUUUCUCUGAAGCAACAAUGUUCUGAGUGUUAACAGUAAAGCAUCUGUCUACAGUUCCACUUAGCUCACGUCUCUCGUCCAAAUGAUUCAUCUCGCCUCUCCAUAACGAAGACUUCCACACCUUGUCUGAAUCAGCUCCUGAAAUCUGCAAGGAUUAUGAGGCCGGCUUUAGUGCUUCUGCUGUCGCAUUGUCUCUUGUKUGUGUUCACCGGCGUGUUUGUGCCCAUUGUCGUGGGCUCACUGCCUCCCGCCCUGCCAUGGCACGUUUCCUGCCCGAUGAGGUGUGUGUGUCAGAUCAAGCCGUGGUUCUCCCCGGACUCAGUCUACCAUGAGGCUCCCACUGUGGACUGCAACAACCUGCUGCUGACCAAGCUCCCCUUGCCCAUACCCCUGAACACACACACCUUGCGUCUGCAGAGUAACCUGCUGUCAGUGCUGGACACUGCAGUGCUGCACAGACUGCCCAACCUCACCGACUUGGACCUCUCCCAGAACCGCUUCAGUCGUGUCAGGAUGAUAACUCAGAGCGUGUCCCUGCCUGCCCUACUGUCCUUACACCUGGAAGAAAAUCAUCUCAGUCACCUUCCAGAAGCGUCAUUCUCUUCACUGCCAGCUUUGCAGGAACUCUUUCUCAGCCAUAACAACUUACAUUCGAUAGCACCCGGAGCCUUCUCUGGUCUUGAUUCUCUUCUCCGCCUUCAUAUCAACAACAACAGACUCACUACUGUUGAUCCAGUUUGGUUCAAAGCGUUGCCUUGCUUGGAGGUUCUCAUGCUAGGGGGCAACCCUGUGGAAGCCCUGCCUGAAAGGGGCUUUGCAACCCUAAAAUCCCUUCGGAGCCUCGUCCUCGGUAGUAUGGGUCUAAAAGGCUUGGCUGAAGAAGCACUUCAAGGCCUUGACGACCUUGAAAGCUUGUCCUUCUAUGACAACCUCCUGACCAAAGUCCCAAGACAAGCCCUGAAGAGAGUGCCAGGACUGAAGUUUCUCGACCUCAACAAAAACCGCAUCAAGCUGAUUGAGAUGGGAGACUUCAAAGAUAUGUUUCACCUGAAGGAGCUGGGUCUCAACAACAUGGAGGAGCUGGUGUCUAUCGAGAAAGCUGCCCUGGAGAACCUUCCGGAGCUCACAAAGCUUGAAAUCACCAACAACCCACGUCUGUCCUACGUUCACCCUCAGGCACUUGUCAAACUGAACCGGCUGGAGAGUCUAAUGCUGAGCUCUAACUCUCUGAGUGCUCUGCACCAGCACAUCAUCCUCUCCCUGCCGAGUCUUCAGGAAGUCAGCCUACACUCAAACCCACUGCGAUGCGACUGCCUGUUUUACUGGGCCGCCAGGGACACCUCUCACUUUCACAUUAAGGACACACCAACAAAAACAUCAGCGGUCAGGGUGGUGCGCUUCAUCCAACCCCAGGCGACCUUGUGCUCCGAACCUCCAGAACUGAGAGGACACAGAGUACGAGAAGUGUCUUCUGGAGAGAUGUCUGCCUCCUGCCUACCCACCAUUCCUCCCAGCUCUCUCCCUUCCUAUGUAGGAGUUCAAGAAGGGGGGAAAUUGGUUUUGCACUGUCGAGCCCUUGCAGAACCGCAGCCUCAACUGUACUGGGUGACUCCCUCUGGCCUAAGACUCGGACCCUCACCAAACCAGGAAUCCAAAGGUUCUUCAGCUUCCAUCCUCUGCAAAAACGCAACUUCUGAUGGCUUCAACCACUCAUCUGGUUUGAGUGCACAGGCUCAGGAGGAAACUCCCUGCCAGCUCUUCAAACACUAUCAACUUCUGCCUGAGGGAACUCUGGAGAUCAGCAAGGUCACCCCCCGAGAGGCAGGACUGUAUACCUGUGUGGCUGAGAAUGCAUUAGGAGCAGAUACACGCAGCGUUACUGUGGGAGUCCACAACAGAGGAAAAAACAGAAGGAGGGGAAUGGCAAUCAAGCUAAACAAGUUCCAAGCAAUCAGAGCAGAUGUCAGGCUGGAGCUGCGAGAGGUUGGAGAACACUAUGCUAUCAUGUCUUGGCAGAGCAGACAAAACCUCCCCUCGACCCGUCUCUCCUGGCAGGCCGUAUGCUCAAACGGUAACGCACCAACGCACACCACGCGUGUCCUCGCUGGCACGCAAAGCUUCAACCUGACUCACCUACAGGCAGAAACAUUUUACAAAGUGUGUCUCCAUUCAGGGAUUAGCGAGAGCUCCAAGUAUGCAGGUCAAAGAUCAAGAGAGAGCAAAAGGCCUCAGUGUGUCUCGUUCAGGACAAAGGAUGUCCCACAGUCUGAGCCUGCACUGCAGCCUAUCUCUAAUGUGAACAAUUCAAUUUUCUUUUUACUGGUUAUAAUUCCCUUACUUCUAUCAGUAAUGGAGUUUUUUGACAGGAAGCUUAACCCGGAAGCAUGGAAGAACCACAACACUCUCAGUGAUGACAAAAAGAGUCCCAAGACUGUUAUCAUCCCUCAAAAGACAGAAAACAACAAACCAGAUCAGAUUGAGAUUCCACUUAAGGUCUGYUGAGAUCUUUGCAGACGAGGUAAAGUGUUAGCACACACACUCCAUACAUGACACACAAUAAAUACACAGUUAAAACUCAGAACAAGAGAGAAAUUCCAGACGAUGGUGUAGAAAGAGAUUUGUAUUUAUUUUACAUACAGUAUAAAGUAUAUAUUGUUUCUGUGUUGAGAUGUGCCGUAAAGACUGUUUAUCCACUAACCGGGACACUAAAACUGGACAAUCAUACUCCUGCUGAACACGAGAGGAACUGAGCCUGAGCUGUCCACAGAACUCAAACUAAAGAGAGCUUGACGCGAACCAGAAACAGAUAUUUACAGAAAAGAGACGCUCGGACCGCCAGGGUUUCACCCUGCUUAAUGUUGACACAUUUCCACAGACCGAACCAUCUUUUUUCUUUUUCUAAGCUGAUAAUAAUCUGCACUGUGACUGGAGCUGAACGACCUUUCUGCUUGUUUGGACAGUUUAAGUCAAAGUGAUUGGUGUAAACAACGCUUUUGCUUAGCUCUUACUAUCCUGGACUGAGUUGUCCAUCUUGCAGUACUUGUAUGUAUGUAUACUCAUGCAGAGUCCUGAUAAAACACCUUAAAUUCUGUUUUCAAAUAAAAGUGAUUUAAAAGUAAUGGCCUAUAUGAGAACUUUGUAAACAACCUUAUUCUUAUCUCAUUACAAAAUGAGUUUGAGUGUGUCAAAAAUACAAAACUUGUCAUCUGUAUAUCUUCUUUAUCUGUUUUUAAUAUAAAUCUUUAUCUUUCUUUCUGCACAUAUAAGCAUAUUUCAAUUUGCACAGGUCAUCUGAUGUGAAUUAGAUAAAUCCAGGACCCAGUGUCCCCCCCUGCUGGAUGAGACAUGAAACUAAGCUGCAGCUGUACAGGACUUAAAAGAAUCUGUAUCCAUCCUCUCAUUAAAGCUCUUUGACACAAGUUUUACUGAAACAAAUGUUUCUAUUAACAUAUUGAGUUUAAUAUUGUACAAUUAUUUAUGUUCAUAAAUCCAACACUCAAAAAGUAACAAGAUGAAUGAAAAUAAAACAUUUAUGUAAUUUCUUUUCCACA